AUGGACCCCGCUGGGCGCACCCCGGGUCGCAGGGCGGCAGUGAGAGGGCUGCUGUUCGGGGCUGCGGCGGCCGCGAAGGGGCUUCGAGAAGAAGUGGGGGCCGCGGCGGGCAGGCGCUGGAAGGGUCUGUCAGGGAUGCCGAAGCAGGAGGGGCCUCCAGAGGAGGAGGCGGCGGCCGGACACGAGCUCCUACUGCCAAAUGAGAGAAACUUCCAUGAUGCUGCUAAAAGCAAUCAUUUGGAUCUUAUGGAGAAGCUGUUUGAAAAGAAGGUUAACAUUAAUGCUGUGAACAAUAUGAACCGCACAGCCCUGCAUUUUGCAGUGGGGGCAAAUCAUUUGUCUGCAGUGGAUUUCUUACUUAAUCACAAGGCCAGGGUGGAUGUUGCUGAUAAGCAUGGCUUGACAGUAAUUCACCUUGCAGCCUGGUCUGGAAGCCUCGAGAUCAUGCUCAUGCUGGUUAAAGCUGGAGCAGACCGAAGAGCAAAGAAUCAGGAUGGAAUGAAUGCCCUCCACUUUGCAGCUCAGAGCAAUAAUGUACGCAUUGUGGAGUACCUCAUUCAAGAUCUGCACCUGAAGGACCUGGACCAGCCAGAUGAGAAAGGAAGAAAACCAUUUCAUUUGGCAGCUGAGAAGGGUCAUGUUGAAAUGGUAGAAAAACUUAUCUUCCUUAAUCUGUAUACUUCAGAAAAGGACAAGGAGGGGAAUGCUGCCCUGCACCUUGCAGCAAAACAUGGCCACAACUCUGCGGUACAGGUGCUGCUAACACAGUGGCAAGAAAUUAAUGAGACCAAUGAGCUCAAUAUCAGCGCUUUGCAGAUAGCGACCCAGAAUGGCCACGCGUCCCUUGUCAGCUUUCUUCUCAGUGAGAACAUUGAUCUGCACAUGAAGGUGGAACCUAAGGAGUCCCCUCUUCAUUUAGCUAUUAUCAACAACCAUAUCGCUGUGGUAAACAGCCUAUUAAGUGCACAGCAUGAUAUUGACAUCUUAAAUCAGAGGCAGCAAACUCCUUUGCAUGUGGCUGCUGAUCUUGGAAAUGUGGAACUGGUGGAAAUCUUGCUGAAGGCAGGCUGUGACUUGAACAUUGUUGAUAAGCAUGGGAAGACUGCCCUGGCUGUGGCCUCCAGAAGCAAUCACAGCCUUGUUGUGGACAUGCUCAUAAAAGCAGAGAGAUACUAUGCCUGGAGAGAGAAACACGGCGAAAACAUCAGGGAGCCAAGAACCAGCUUUGCUCUGACAUUCAAGCAAGAUCACAGUCUGGAGACCAGGCAUAUUCGCAGUCUUCUCUGGAACCUGGCUUACCGUCAGCUGAAGGCCAAUGAGUGGCAGAGGUUGGCCCGUUCGUGGCACUUUACAGAUGACCAGAUCAGAGCCAUUGAGGAGCAGUGGUCAGGAAAGGAAAGCUUCCGUGAGCAUGGCCACAGGGCUCUGCUCAUCUGGCUGCAUGGGACCCUGAUGACACAGGACACGCCGGUCAAGCACCUGUAUGAAGAGCUCGUACGUGCAGGUUUCCCAGAACUAGCUGAAAAGAUCCGUCAAUUCAAAAGCGAAACUGACUCAAAACCCAAGAAAUGUGCAAUUUCAUAAAUGCCUAGAGAGAUUGUAUUUAAAUGAUUUGCCACUCAGCAUUCAGUCCUUUUAAAUUCAUUUCUUUAAUGCUGUAAAGUUCCUCUAGCAGUAGGAUUGAUUUUCAUCUGUGAAGAUGGUUCUGACAGGAUCCUCUAACAUGAAAAAUGGUAUUAUACUUUCCAAUCACUGAAAAGUCCAAAAAUUUUUUUAGUUUUUUCUUAAGGCAAAUUCUGUAUGAUUUUCCGAUUCUUGUCAUUUGAUGCAACAUAUGUGAUAGCAUAAUCUAGGAUUUUGUCUAUCAUGCUUUAGCAAAAUAGAUGGUGGGGACAGCAUCAUGGCAUAUGGGAAAACGAAGUGUGGUAGGAUAGACAUGGUUUUGGAUCAUGAUUUUUGCCACUUAUUAGUUAUGGGCAUUCAAAUUCUGAUCUUUAAGUUUCCUGCUCUAUAAAAUGGAAGACAUGUCUACCUCUUCCAUAAUAUUUUGGUGAGGAUGAAAGGAGAAUGCCUGUGAAAUGCAUAACAU